AUGGGUCGUGUAUUGCUCAAGGUUAUUAUCUUAGGCGACAGUGGUGUCGGGAAGACGUCGCUCAUGAACCAAUAUGUGAACAAACGGUUCAGCAACCAGUAUAAGGCCACCAUUGGAGCCGACUUCCUUACAAAGGAAGUCAUGGUGGAUGACCGUCUGGUCACAAUGCAGCUCUGGGACACUGCCGGACAGGAGCGCUUCCAAUCUCUAGGUGUGGCUUACUACCGCGGUGCAGAUUGCUGCGUGCUUGUGUAUGACGUGAACAGCGCCAAGUCGUUUGAGACUCUCGAUAGCUGGCGUGAUGAAUUCCUCAUUCAGGCAAGCCCACAUGACCCGGAGAAUUUCCCCUUUGUCGUGUUGGGGAAUAAGAUCGAUGUGGAAGAGAACAAACGACAGGUAACACAGAAGCGGGCUAUGACGUGGUGUCAGUCAAAGGGCAAUAUCCCUUACUUCGAAACUUCUGCCAAGGAAGCUAUCAAUGUCGAGCAGGCGUUCCAGACUGUCUCCAAGAACGCACUGCAACAAGAAGCAGAAGAACAGCUGUAUGUUGAUUACCCGGACCCAAUCCAGAUUGACCGGGAGAGCACACAAAACUAUGGGUGCAACUGUUGA